UCACUAACGUCAUCGAGCUCAGCGGAUCACACGGCAUUUUUGCAUCUGCGCUGCCUGCAGUCACGGUGUCAUCGCGCACUGGGAGCGAGCCGCACACGAACAAGUGCGGGGAAACUGAGAAAACAAAGUCGAGUCAGUUUUCUUUUGGACGCGAGACGAACAGACCCAGGUUUCCUCUGAGGACCAAAGCGCUGAUUUGACUGACAACUGAGAAAAGCAGAGCAGCAGCAACCCAGAGCAUGAAGAAGACUCCCAAUUCAGCUCUGAAGAGGUCCUUUGAGGUGGAGGAUGUCGACACUUCAUCUCACUUGUCCCCCGGCUCCCGUCGGACAACCAGCUCCCCUCACCGUAACGCCAUGUCUCCCACCAGCAUCUAUUACCGUGACCUGGGCACUGCCACCGCGGCAGCCACCAACAACAACAACCUCAACUAUACCCAACCCCGUUCCAUCAUGGGUGGAGGAGGCUCCAAGACCCCUGAGCCUGUGUCGCGCCGUUCCGAACUCUCCAUCGACAUCUCCUCUUCUUCCAGCAAGCAGGUGGAUAACGUCACCAGCCCUGCUUCCGCACGCUUUGCGGCCAACAGCGCCGUGAAGCGCCCUGAAGUCCUGGGCCACUCCAAGACCCCCGAGAUCAGCCACAAGAGGGAGGUCACUUUUGCCAAGAUGCCUACUGAUUCCCCAGUGAUACGCCGCAUUGAGGGCAACAAUAACAACAACGGCACCAGCCGAACACCUGAGCAGAAUCACGCUCGCAAGUUUGAAGCUCCUAGUCCUGGAGAUGUCCGUAAACCUGAUAUCAGCAUCACCAGAGCUCCCCCAGAAAACAACGGCCACCACCCACCAGUGCACCACCCACACCACCCCAACCCCCACCACAACACCAUCGUCACCACUUUCCGCUGCUCCUCGCCUAAUCAUGGACGAAAAUCGCCCAACCCUGACAGGUCAGAAGUCAGUCUGAGCCACAGCAACAUGUCGGAGUCAACCAAGCCCCACCACCCCAACCCACAAGGUAAGGGGGAGAAGACUCAUGGCAGCGACUUCAGCUAUGUGGGCAUUGAUGCCAUCCUGGAGCAGAUGAGAAGGAAGGCCAUGAAGCAGGGCUUCGAGCUCAACAUUAUGGUUGUGGGGCAAAGCGGCCUGGGAAAGUCCACUCUGAUGAACACCCUGUUCAAAUCCAAAGUGAGCCGUAAGUCGGUGCAGCCGAACCCAGAGGAGAGGAUCCCCAAGACCAUUGAGAUCAAAUCCAUCAGUCACGAUAUUGAGGAGAAAGGAGUGAGGAUGAAGCUGACAGUAAUUGACACUCCGGGCUUUGGGGAUCAGAUCAACAAUGAAAACUGCUGGCAGCCCAUUAUGAAGUUCAUUAAUGACCAGUAUGAAGCCUACCUGCAGGAGGAAAUCAACAUCAACAGGAAGAAGAGGAUCCCAGACUCCAGGGUGCACUGCUGCAUAUACUUCAUACCUCCCACAGGCCACUGUCUGAGGCCUCUGGAUGUGGAAUUCAUGAGGCGUCUCAGUAAAGUGGUCAACAUCGUCCCCGUCAUUGCCAAGGCCGACACACUCACCCUAGAGGAGAGGGACUACUUUAAACAGACGAUCAGGGAAGAGCUGCGAGCCAAUGGAAUCGAUGUUUACCCUCAGAAAGAGUUUGACGAGGAUGCAGACGACAGGAUGAUCAAUGACAAAAUCAGGGAGAUGAUCCCUUUUGCUGUUGUGGGCAGUGACCAGGAGUACCAGGUGAACGGAAAGAAGAUUCUGGGAAGGAAAACAAAAUGGGGCACCAUAGAGGUUGAGAAUAUUGCACACUGUGAGUUUGCUUACCUGCGGGACCUCCUCAUCAGGACACACAUGCAGAACAUAAAGGACAUCACAGGCAGCAUCCACUAUGAGACAUAUCGUGUCCGCCGGUUAAAUGAGUCCAACGGCCAUUUCAGCUCACACGCAUCUGACAAUCCUGCUGAUCAGCCAAAGGCCAACGGUCAGCCUGAGGGGCAGCCUAGCGCCCUGCAGGCCAACGGAGUGGCUGCUCAGCAUGAAGCCCUCUCCCACGAGAUGUAGAGCCAAUAUAUGACAUCAGGACACAGCCAGGCACAAAACAUACAUGUAUUCUGUAUACAUAAACAAGCCCACAUGCACACAAACACACACUCAUGCUGUGAAGCCCUUUUCUGGAAGGACCUUUUUCUGCCCGAAAAAGCAACCUAACCACAGGAAGUUCCAAGACACAUGAUUCAGAGUAAAUCCCAACAUUUUCCUUUAGUGAGCAAAAUCAUGUUUUACCUGUAGAUCCACAUACUGUACAGAACUCCCCUUGUUUUUUUUCUCCUCAUCUUCCUGAUUGCACAAUGCAAUCUACAUUCAGGAUUGUUUACAAUAAACCAAAAAAGUUAGGUAAUGGAUAAACAAAAGUAAAUUUAUACAUAUCUCAUUACUGAGCUCUGGCUGCUUGGUUUAUUUUUAGAGCACUCGCUGGCUGUCAGGACUGCAGUAGAGUGCACUAUCCAUGGAAGUAAGAUGUAAGGAAACCAUCGGUGGAGAUUUUGAUCAAAAUGAAGUAGUAUGAUGGAAAAAAAGAGUGCCAAUAAGAGAAAACAAAGCCUGUUGUGGACAGAAUACCUUUGCAGGAUCUUGGGGUGACAGGAGGUUUCGCCAUGCAGGGCUGCCCAGAUUAGGAGAAAUGGCAAACAGUAAUUCAAAAUGAAGUACAGCAUAUCAGAUGAAAUUAGCUCUUAACUAGGAUUAACUGUUGGUGCCACUGGCCUGGUCUGCUUUGUGUUGUGGUGUAUAGUUUUAUAUAGAUACUAGGGUUAAGUAGGGAUACUUAGAUUAGGUUUAUAGUGUCAUGGAGAAAGCAAAGAUAUUGUUGACACCUCCGCACUGCAAAAUAAUAAUAAUAAAAAACAAACAGUGGCAGUGUGGAGCAGCUUUUGGAGAAAUUAGUCCUGUUGUCAUUUUUCCGUUGUGUUAUGUUUUUAAAACCCCUUUUUGCCAAACCAUCCUGUCUCUUUCUAUAUAAUGCCAAUGUUGUGUAAUACAGUCAUACCUUGCAUUUUAUAUUACUCAUUCACUAUUGUAUUUUUAUUGCAAUUCAUGUUCUAAUAUUAUUAUAUACAAUGGGAGUUGUAAAGUCUGUACAACUGUUGUCCCAUACAGCCGUUUUGUCCAUUUUGUUUUUCUGACUGUAAACCAAAUAAAAGUAAUUUUUUGGUGUCCUAAAGAGAAGCACAUGCAGUAUAUAGAAUUGAUUCAUGAAUAGGUAUUUAUGUGCAUGUUAAGUGUAAUCCGUUUAAUUCAACUUUCAUUCCAGCUGUUGGCUCCAGAGGUUUGUUGCAGGUCUCUAACAGUGAUGAUCUUUUAUCUUUACUAAGUGUUUAUUUCUUGUGACCUGUAUUCACACAGUAUGUUGUACUCUGUUGGCUAAGCUGCACUAUAACUUGCACCAAAGUGCAAAAGUUGUCAAUAUUUGUACAUUGAAUAUUCACAAUUACAACAGAUCCUGCCAAUAGAUAAUGGUUAGAACAGUGACAUUUACAAGAUUAAAGCAGAUUUUGUCAGAGGUGGUGUUUUUCUACCACUGAAAGGAAGAAUUUGUGCAAAAUCCUUAAAUAACACCAAUAAAAUUAGAAAGUUAAUAUUUGUGUUAAAUGUGUGCAUUGAUACAAACUCAAGUGAAACUUUAUAGAGACUACAUCUAAAUUUGCAACAUAUUUUCAAAAAGUGUAUUUUCUGCCUCUUCCAAGUCAAACCAAAAACAUUUCCAUACACACAGAAGAGAUAAUACAUUCAAAAACCAAGAGAACUAUUGUCUUUAAUCAGAUAAAGUUAUUGGGUUUGCUUACUGUUGUAUAGUUCUUGUGUAAUUUGUUAUGGUAUCAUCAGAUUAUCUUUGAUAUGCUAUCUCAAAGAAUAAAGAUUGAUAUUUUUAUUGUUUAAA